AUGGGUCAAAUUACUCAAUUUGUUAGACGCUCUUUCUCUAAACCUGAAAUCUAUCCUCUUUUCGUGAUCCUUGGGGGUGCUCUGACAGGUGCAGUUUAUAUGUUUUCUCAUCAAGCUCGAGCUCCUGACGUCGUUUGGGACCACCAUGCUAAUUCACAACCAUGGCAACACGUUAAAGACGGUGAACAAGUCAAACUGGCAGCAUAUAAUCAAAAAUACGAUCGCAAGUAUCAGCGCAGGGAAUGGUAA